CUGUCGGCUGCCGUUGUAGUCUUAGUCGUGGCUCCUCGUGAAUAUGAAGUGAACCUCUCUGACCCUUUCUUUUCUAUAUACAAGAAAGCUAAAUAGACAGGUGGGCAGAAAGGCGGGCUUCAGGGGAUCAGUGUUAUUGAGCUCUGCAGGUUCCAAGCAGGACGCAAUGGGGUCCUGGAAGUGUGGAGGCUGCCUCAGUUGCCUGCUGAUUCCUCUUGCACUGUGGAGUAUCAUUGUGAAUAUAUUACUGUAUUUUCCAAAUGGGCAGACUUUCCGUGUAUCCAGCAAUAAGCUCACCAACUACGUGUGGUAUUUUGAAGGACUGUGUUUCUCAGGAGUAAUGAUGCUUAUAGUAGCCGUGGUUCUCCUUGUAUUGGACAGUGAUAACCGCUACAAAUGCUGCCAGAGUGAAAACUGUAGCAAGAAGUACAUGGACAUCCUUGAGAACUCUUCAGAGCACUGGUUCAGUGACUGUGAAUUACUUCCGGUGCUCUUUGUCAUGGAAAUGGCUUUCCUUACAAAUUCUAGCAUAUGGAGCCUCUGUCUGGAGCCUGCACACGUAGUGGAAUGGAACGUCAUUCUGUUUUCCAUUCUCAUAACCCUGAGCGGGCUCCAAGUGAUUGUCUGCCUCAUCAGAGUGAUCCUUCAGCUAUCAAAGAUGUUGUGUGAAACCUACUCCGUCAUCAUCCAGCCUGGAAUCAUCUGAAUAAGGACAAGAAUGUUUCCAUUAUCAGCAUAUGAGCAUCUGUCAAAGUCUUAUAUCUACUGUAUAAACUUUAGGGCAAUUUUCAAAUAAUAGAGUCUUUAUAUUUAGUAUAUACUACGUCAAUUUUUGAACCAUACAAUCCUCACUGGAAGUGCCAACAGCAAUACUGCUACCUUUUUAUUUAGAAUGUUUUUCAAAGUUAUAUGUGCCAGAAACUCCAGAAAUGUUUGUAUGCUGUGAUCAAACAAAGCCGUCUCAAGAAUCUGUAAUGCAGAAGCAAGAAUGUGAGCAAAGCUUCGUGCAAAUCUGUGUAAUUGCAAUAUUGCUUAAUAUACUGAAAAAUUAUAAAUGGCUAAGGCCUAACUUGAGGGGGAAAAGUACGAGUGGCACAUUAUGUGUGAAAUGAUAUGGCAAUUACAAAAGGUAUUUUAGAAAUUAAUAAUGUCACAUAAAAAGGCAAGUUACAAAGCCGAACAUAGGGAGCAUGCCUGUAAUUGCAACACUUGGGAAGCUGAGGCAGGAAGAUCAGUAUGGGUACGACGAGGCCAGCCUGGGCUACAUAGCAAGUUCACAGUCAGUCUGAAAUACAUAGUUCUUGUAUCCAAAAGAAGAAAAACAACCAAGUAAAGGCAGUUUGCAAAUUGGUAUUUUUCAGCAUAAGCAUAGCUAUUUAAAUGUCUGGUGUUUUGCUGUACUGAAAAAUUAAAUUUCGGGAUAGAAACUAAAUCUAGAAGGAAAUUCACCAAAAUACCAGCUGUGAAUGAUUGAGAUCACUGGCAAUGAUGCUUCCUACUUUUCUAAUAUCUUUGACACUUAUUGAACGUGUUAUACCAUAAAUAUUUUUAAGUGUAUUUUUAUUACUGGGGUUUUAAAGGCUUAUGGCCUUUCUACAGGCUUCUCCACAUUAAAUAUCUGCAAGCAUCAUGCAAGAGCACUUUAAAUGACUUUCAAUGACAAAACUCCAAAAGGAAUUUUAUACAAAUUUAUGCCACCUACUUAACUCCUGCUCUUAUUUUCUUGUUCCUGGUGGUGACAAGAAGACAUAGUCUUGAAUACAUAAGCACCUGGCUGCUGUUAAAAAUAACCAUUUACCAGUUGAUAGCUGUGUCAUGAGACUGUUAACACUGGAUCAAGAGAAAAAAAUUCAAGUAGAACAUUUGUCUGUACACUUGCCACCUGUAUGGACCAUGCUCCCUUCAGGGCCACUGCCAUGCCUCAUGGCUUCCUGUCAGCCUCGGGCCCGGUGUGCACUCUGGGCUGACAUUUAUGCCUGGUCUUUCUACUGUCUGUGGCUGCUCUGCCGAGUGCCAUCUCCACCACAGAAUUUCCAGGCCUUAACACUUCUGCCACUUCUCCAUUGCUGUCCUCCACAGCUGCUGUCAACACCUGUGCCAAAGCCAGGAACAGUCCCGAGGACUGGGCAGUACAGUCUCCUUGGUGCCUGGAGGCCGACAGCCUCCACUAGGGGAAACCCCCUUGUCCACAGCUUUUGCUGAAGUGAGCAUUCUGAAAGCAAGCUGUGUUGUACACCCUGUGAUCCUCCUGCUCUGGACCCAGCUGGCAGAAGCAGGGGUGUCUCCCGAGCCUGGGGAGCCCAUUGUCAUGCUGGUGGUCUGACCCAAGCUGGAGUAAACUCUGUCCAAGUAAGAUUGGUGGUUAUAUCAAUUGUACUUGAGAAUUUGAACUAGGAAUCUCAAAAGGAAGCUUUGCUGUGAAGAAAAUGAUUAAAAGUUGAAAAAGAGAGUAUGUGUUUCGUGCUAAUGAUGUCCCUGUGGAAGGAGGACAUACGGACUUCUGUCCCUUCAUUCAUCUGCCUUUGUCCAUGGUGAACAGAGACAGUGAACAGGAAGACUGACUUCUGCUCUUGGACUCUUGGAAGAUCUCACUGCCUUUUCAUUGUCUAGGUCAUUUCAGUAAAACUCCAUCUAAAUCAGCGUGACUCUGCUCAUUGCAACCAAAAUGACCCAACCAAAGUCUCCCCUUUCUAGACUCUGUGUUAGAGCCUUCUAAGGGAGAGGUGUGUGGGCCCCCGAGUGGUACAGAGAUUCACUGAACUUUCUUUAAAAACUAAUUCAUAGUGCUGAAUGCUUCAAAGCGCUUAGACACGAGUUGUUAGUACCCGGUCCAGGGGACAGCCCAAGGUGUGGACACCUCGCUGCCCUCUGAAUAAGCCAUGCUUCUGACGGCCCAUGGAUUUCUCACUCAGUGAGGGCCCAGAGCAUGUUGUACCCAGGCCCUUGUGAAAUUCUCCCCCAAAUGCCUCAGCCCUCUUGUAAGAAGAUUUCUGGCAAAUCAGACCCUCCAGUUUUUCAGACAAAUCACCUGGCUCAAUUCUGUUAAGAUUCAAUGUAUCCACACAUUGAGUGGACUCUGAAUAAAUGUUGGCUAAUUGUACCACAGAACUGGGGACACUGUCUAGUGUUGGCAUAUGGCCACAGCAGUGUGACACUUUUACUAUAUUACAAUUAAAUUUCAAUAUAGCCACCAAAACUUCUGCAUUUGAAGAUGUUGCUGAUGGCAUUUUAAGUUAAACCGAAUUCAAACAGAUGGGUGCCAUUUGAGGAAAGAUUUAAAAACAACUACAUAGUUACAUGCAGACAUGUGUAAGCCUUCAGGUACAUAGAACAAUGACUAGAAAAUAUUUCACUGUUAGCAGUUAAUAAGAAUCACCUGAUAAGGGAGUUAAGAGUUAUAGUACCUUACAUUGUUCACAAAUUUCCUUUGAAAGUAUACUACUAGAAUUAUUAGAAAAAAAUGAUAUUUUUUAAAUAGGAAGUAUCUUCUAAUGUUUUCUGUCAAAUCCAUUCAAUGAGUUUAAAAUAGGAGAGGGAGGUAUGUAUGUCACAGAUCUUUUCUUACACCGUAAGAGAUUCUAAAGAGAUUCUAUUUCUGUUAAGAAUAAGCACCCUGCCAGCUAGUCCUAGUUCAGAGUAAAUUCUAUUUUAUAUA